GUAACAGAGCAACAGGACCAAGGGACAACAAGGGCGCAGGCGAAGAAGAGAGAGAGGUUGCCCAGAGAGUAGACAAUCCAGAGCUUGAGGAGUCUGGGUUUGCGGUUUAUUUUUUCUCCCGACAAAGACACACACUGUCUAACCUGUGUGGCUGGUUGUUAUUAAGAAGCUGCUGUACGAAGGAAAAAUGUAUUUAAUAAAAGGACCAGUGUUUGUGGUCUUCUUGGGCUCCCUGCUGAGCUCAGGAAAUCUUGAGGUGUGACCAGUUUUCAGCCUUCAAAACCAAGAUGAACUGCCCUUGAGAAGGGCGGUCAGAAGGGAAACAUGUUCACGCUCUCUCUCCUGAGCAGGGGACAUGGGAAGUUGGUCCAGAACAAACAGAAGCUAGAAGUCUACUUUGAACCAGAGGAUUACUUGAACUGGAAGUCCCCAGAAGAUUAUGUCCUGGUCAGCAAACCACAGGAGAAAGGCAGUGCCAACCAGCACACCUGGAGCCUCUUUCUCCCUAAAACAUUCAGUACUAGGAAAGGGGCCCUGAUCCUCUACUCAGAAGGUUUAGCCAUAUCAGCAUGGCCACCAGAAGAGAGGAGAAAAGGCCCCCACCACCCCAAAGGCCACAGGAAGAGGCUGGAUCUUGAGCUGCACACGCUUCAGGACCUCAGAAAAGCCAUCCUGGCGUACGGAAGGAGACAGAGGGAACAGGACAGAGCCUGGCAACCAUACCUCCACUUCCAAAGCCAACCAGAGAGCCAGGGCCAACGGCAGAUGCAGCCUGGGUAUUCAGCCAAGAGAUACCUCCGAGGCCUCUUGCGGACAUGGCCCCCUGACACCAUGUACAGGCUCCAAUGUGCAGGGUACAUCAAGGAUUCUGUGCUGCUCCAGGACAGUCAACUUAAUGUACCAAAGAAUCUCAGGCCACAACAGGAUCUUUCAGGUGUACCCCCAAAAUACCAUCUCCUGCCUGUCUUCCCUCCAUUUUGGAUUCAACAAGGAAAAUCUUUUGAACAAGGUCAGCAGGACCUGGCUGAAGGGGAAGCCGGGGCUAGUGGACGCGUGGACGAGGGCUCCGUAGCCAAGAACGACAGCAGUCAGGGGAUUCACUUGCCACAACUCGGGAAGCAGCCAUGGCAGGAACCUAAAACCCAGGCAGAGGAAACAUCAAUAGAGAACCACCAUCGUAUACACACUUCAAAGGAGAGCCGCAAUGAAAACAUACAGCAAACCUCCCGAAGGGCCUUUGGGCAUGCUCACAUCGAUCAUUCUUGGCUCCUGAGUGACAAAUCCCACAUUACAUUCUAUGGAGGGGUCUUCCCCAAUAGAAAGGCUGAUCUUAGCGACAGACAAGGGAAUAUAAAACUCCACACGGGCAGAAGCAGCCACUUGCUAGAGGAGCCUCCUGAUGAAAGAUGUCUUUUCCCUCCUAUAGCACCUGCUACUGGCUCUGAGAAAAACACAGCUGGGCAAGUGAAGAAGAAAAAGGUGCCAAAGGCUUUGAAAUUGCCCCCUCUCUCAGAAGAACAGCCCAGAGUCCUGGACCCCCUGAGGAAUCCAUUAAAAGCCAGUGAACCUCCCGGAGAGCUCUUCAUCUUGUCAGCGGAGAUUCAGUUCCACACCCAACACCCCCCAAAAGAAAAAACACGCCGGAGAGGUGCUCCACACCCUGAGUCAGGACCAGAAACAGGAGAAAAGGCCAGGCCUUUAUGGAAACCUCCCCUGAAGCAUGCAUCCCUAGAAAAGCCAAGGGAGUUAACCGUGCGUCUCCCAAUGGACACAGGCAGGGACACGCUCUCACGUCAAGAUGAUGAUGCCCCACCCCAGAAUGUGACCCCACCAUUGUCCCUGAUUAAAGGAAGAAGAAGUCCAGAGAGCCAGAGGGGCCUGGACAGCCCCAGGACAACAAGCUGCAGCAGCUCUAUAGGCCUCCUGGAUGUGAGAAGGGCCAAGGGGGCACUCCCAGCAGAAGGACAAGAAGACUCCAGAGACCCCAUACUGGGACACUUCUUGCCAGGUCCAGAUGGAGAAAACAUCUGCCUGUCCCUCCUCGGACCUACCGAAACCAAGGAGCCUCUUUCAGGUAAAGCCUAUGAAUCUGUCAAUUCAAAUACCAGCCAUGAAAAGGAGCGGUCUAGUAUUCAACAUCCCCUAAAAGCAAACACUGAAUCCAGAACCUAUCUUCUCAUGAAUCUUAAUGAAACCUCACCUUUGACCCAAAAGCCAGAGAAGCAGGGAGCCCAGCAGUCCUUGGAGGCAGCAGCUCAGAAGACAGGAGAGCCUCAAAGUUGUAUAAAUAAAGGGCUGAUAUGUUCAAACAGAAAAGAAUUUUACACGCGCAAGCUGCACAUCGACAUGACGCCGUUCCUGAAGGAAAAUGGAGAUGAACUGGACGAUCAUGAAAAACCAGGAGGACCUGUCACAGAAAAUCAAGACACCCAAGACCAGGAGCUGAGGAGUAUGACCCUUGACCCUCUUAGUGCUUCCCUGGCUGACCACAUCCAGACCCCUGAGUCAGAUAGUGUCCAAAAGAUGGACAGAGAUUAUGAUGUACACCUUCUGCACAGGAGACUCCCAAGACACGAGUCCCCAGAGAGAUUGGGUCCUAUAGAUGUAUCUCUUCUUCCAAGAGUGACAGAAGGGAGGACUGAACCAAGACUGUUCAACCAGCAGGCUCUAGCCAACAUCAGUGAGAUAGAGUUGAUUGGCAAAGCCAAGAGAAAGAAAAGAACCAAGACAGAUAAGUCCAAGGCGUCUAAGGGGAGGAGAGAAGAAAAGGUCCACAGGGGAGCAGAGGCCGCUGUUGGAAAGUCAAAGGAAUCAAAGAUUGAAAAGAAAUCAGAGCUAAUUCUCAAAGAAAGAAAACCAAGAGCCAAAAGGAAAAGGACACAGAAGGAAAGGGAUCUGGAAAUAGCAGAGCUCAGUGGGUCUGGUGUCAUUAACUCUAAGAAAACAGAAGACACUUCAGAUAGAGGUUUCUCUCCUGCGGAAUCUCUUGUAGAGGACUCUUGGCUUUCCCACAAGUAUGACGCUCAGGAGAGCCAAGUGUCCACAGAUGGAACGUCAUCACCCGCCCAGACUAUACCCAUCACUGGAAACAUGGAAUCUAAAGAAGAAAGAAGUUAUGAGGACCCUUCCAAAGCCCUCCACGCCAAGAGGGAGCGAGAGGGAGCUUCCCGGGACAGGCUGCGAGCAGAGAGGGCUGAGAUGAGACGCGUGGAGGUGGAGAGGAAGAGACGGGAGCAGGAGGAGCAGAGGCGGCUCCUGGAGGAGCAGCUGGAGAGGGCGGAGAAGAUGAAGGAGGAGCUGGAACUGGAGCAGCGAAGCCGCGAGGAGGAGAAACGCCUGAGGAAACAGAGACUCGAGGAGGAACGGCAGCGGCAGGAGGAAGAGGAGAGGAAGCAGCAGCUUCGGUUGCAAGUGGCCCAGGAGAGAGUCCGGCAGCAGCAGGAGGAGUUCCGGAGGAAACUUCGAGAAUUGCAAAGAAAAAAGCAGCAGGAGGAAGCGGAGAGGGCUGAGGCUGAGAAGCAAAGGCAGAAGGAACUGGAAAUGCAGUUAGCAGAGGAAGAAAAGCGCCUGCUGGAAAUGGCUGAAGAAGAACGGCUGGAGUACUUGCAGAGGAAACAAGAAGCCGAAGAGAAGUCUCGGCUGGAACCAGAGGAGAGAAGGCAAAGGGAAGAGGAGGCAGCAAGGCUGGCUCUGGAGGAAGCCAUGACACAAGCACAGGAAGAAGCCAGGCAAAAAGCUGCUGUGGAGAAACAUCUUCAUUUCCAUCAAGAACUCUGUAAGGAAGCCAGUGCCCUGCAGUGGACACAGAACAUUUCCAGAUCGUGGGUCUACUCUUACUUCCAGUUCCUACAAAUACCCAGACCUUAAGGGUAGAAGAAAACUGAAAAGUUGGGAGGUGGUGACAGAAAAAGAGAAACUUCUAUAAUGAUGUCUCAUUUCAUCUGGUUCACCUCAACUCACACCUCACUUCACUCUAGGACCUCUGUUCCCGCCACUCCUCCCUACCACACACACUUUUUUUUUUUAA